AUGGCGCAGCUGAGGGCUCUGCCGCCGGCUUGGCGCGGCGCCUCGGCGGCUUCUCUGCCGCGGCGCAGACUCCUCCUGCUGCAGGCGGCGGCGGCAACACCGAUGGUUCCACCAGUGUUAAAAUGGCAGAGUUCAGGGCUGUAUUGUUCAAGGCAACUGUUACAUGCUGCAAAGAAUCUUCAGGGGUGGUCACAGAUAAAUAAAAGGACGUGCUGGCAUGGACAAGCAGGUGGAAGACUCCACUCGGAUCCAAAGGAAGGGCUGAAAGAAGUAGAUGGGAAGAAGAUCCUCAAAGCCAUGUUGUCCUACGUGUGGCCCAAAGACAGGCCUGACCUACGUGCCAGAGUUGCCAUAUCACUGGGGUGUUUAGCCGGAGCCAAGGGUAUGAAUAUAGUGGUUCCCUUCAUGUUUAAAUAUGCAGUAGAUAACCUCAACCAGAUGUCUGGAAAUGUUCUGAACCUGAAUGAUGCACCAAAUACAGUCGCAACCAUGGCAACGGCUGUUCUGAUUGGAUAUGGCCUUUCACGAGCGGGAGCUGCUUUAUUUAAUGAAGCUAGAAAUGCUGUAUUUGGGAAAGUAGCCCAAAGCUCCAUUAGAAGGAUAGCAAAGAAUGUCUUUCUCCAUCUGCAUAACCUGGACUUGGGUUUCCACCUUAGCAAGCAGACGGGAGCACUGUCAAAAACCAUUGACCGAGGAACCAGAGGCAUCAGCUUUGUUCUCAGCGCUUUGGUGUUCAAUUUGGGACCCACCUUGUUUGAAAUGGCACUUGUUAGUGGAAUUCUGUAUUAUAAAUGUGGAGCACAGUUUGCGCUAGUAAGCCUGGGGACUCUGGGAGCUUACGCGAUAUUCACAAUAGGAGUUACACAGUGGAGGACUAAAUUUAGGAUAGAAAUGAACAAAGCAGAUAACGAUGCAGGCAAUGCUGCCAUUGACUCGCUGCUGAACUAUGAAACUGUGAAGUAUUUCAAUAAUGAAAAGUACGAAGCCCAGCAGUAUGAUGGGUUUCUGAAGUCCUAUGAAAAUGCCUCAUUGAAGACUACCACUACCCUCGCUCUUCUUAACUUCGGACAAAGCGUUAUCUUCAGUGUUGGUUUAACUGCCAUCAUGGUGCUGGCCAGUCAGGGAAUUGUUGCAGGUAACCUGACAGUUGGUGAUCUGGUAAUGGUGAAUGGAUUGUUGUUCCAACUUUCUUUACCCCUUAAUUUCUUGGGAACGGUGUACAGAGAGACAAGACAAGCUCUCAUAGACAUGAAUACCUUGUUCACGCUACUUAACAUAGACACAAAAAUAAAAGAUAAAGAGCUGGCUCCACCCCUGCAGAUCUCACCACAGACUGCCACCAUCGCCUUUGAUAACGUGCAUUUUGAAUACCUUGAGGGGCAGAAAGUUCUCAGUGGCGUCUCUUUUGAAGUCCCUGCAGGAAGGAAAGUGGCCAUUGUAGGAGGCAGUGGGUCAGGGAAGAGCACAAUAAUAAGAUUAUUAUUUCGCUUCUAUGAACCGCAAAAGGGGGACAUCUAUGUUGCUGGCCAGAACAUACGAAAUGUCAGCUUGGAAAGCCUGAGACAGGCUGUAGGAGUUGUACCACAGGACGCUGUUCUCUUCCACAAGUCCAUCUUCUACAACCUCCUGUAUGGCAAUACCAGUGCCUCUGCGGAAGAAGUCUAUGCUGUGGCUAGGCUGGCAGGCAUCCAUGAUGCUAUUCUCCGGAUGCCCAACGGGUACAACACACAAGUGGGGGAGCGAGGCCUGAAGCUGUCGGGAGGAGAGAAGCAAAGAAUUGCAAUUGCCAGAGCCAUCUUGAAGAAUCCUCCAAUUAUCCUCUAUGAUGAAGCUACUUCAUCUUUAGAUUCAAUUACAGAAGAGAACAUUUUGAAUGCCAUGAGGGACAUGGUGAGACACAGAACAUCCGUCUUCAUUGCACACAGACUGUCAACAGUGGUCGAUGCAGAUGAAAUAAUUGUACUGGAUCAGGGUAAAGUUGCAGAGCAUGGAAAGCAUUUGGAUCUUAUUACCAGGCCCAGCAGUCUCUACUAUGAAAUGUGGCACACGCAGAGCAGCCGGAUGCUGAACAGGAAUGUCAAGGAGCAGUGGGAAGAGAGGAGCAAUCACAUGUCCAAAGAGGAGGAAAGGAAGAAGCUCCAAGAGGAGAUCAUCAACAGCGUGAAAGGCUGUGGGAACUGUUCAUGCUAAGCACGAGCCCAGCUUGUCUCUCUCUCCUUUAUGGCCUCAUCCCUCUGGUUAAAUGGAGGCCCAGACGUUUGCACUGAAGCUGUUUCCUGCGUUUGACAGAAUGAACAAUCCUGGUUUGUAAGAAGGCCUUUCUCAGUGGAACACCGGUUUUUAGCCGAAGGAUUUUAGUUCUGCCUCUUGGCAUCCCUAAGAGCAAUGAGAUGGGGAGUAUGUUGAGACCUUCUUGAUAUAAUUGAUCUUUGUACGCUUCGGGGGUUGUUCGCAGACAUGAGUGCAUCUUUGGGGGGGGGCAGUUCCCUGCCAUUUGGACAGAGUCUGAACAUCUUUGUGGCAUGUUUGCUUUACUCUGCUCUUCACUACUACAAAGGGUGGGUUGAAGUUGUCUUUAUGUAUCUGUUUCAGCAAAAGUUAAUUAACUGGAGCAUGAGUGUGAAGGGAUGUGUGUGUGAAGUAGUUAACAUUCUUUGAAUAACUGUUUUGAUAGAAUUUAUAUCUUUUUUAAAGAAUAAUGGUCAUUGUCGGUUGUAACAAAUUCUAAGCAGAGAAAUUUCUACUUAGUUCUUCACUCUUCCCCAUUCCACCCCCAAUUUGUCCUAGUCCCCCCAAAUUUUGGGAGGUCUGAGACUUCAAAAUUAUGAACAAAAACGUGUAUCUUAAGAUCAAUAAAUCUUACAAGGCACAACAAUAAAGGCCAAUACAUCUCCAGUCAUUACUGUUCAUAGAUGUGCUCAAGCAAAUGCUUUUAUUAAGUUUUAAUGAGAAUAUGACAAAUAUUGUCAUUGUUUUAGCAAUAA